GAAGCAUUUCAUUGUCACAUGACUCACCUUUCUAUUCUUCCAUUUUUAUCUCAUUCUCUUUCCGGCGUUCUGUACGUUUGGAGUGUCUGUAAUUUUGUAUCUUAUUUCAACUGACGACUUGAGCAAUCAUGCCUAAGGAUAAGACUCAUAUCAAUAUUGUGGUUAUUGGCCAUGUAGAUUCUGGUAAAAGUACCACAACCGGACAUCUUAUUUACAAAUGUGGUGGUAUCGACAAAAGAACAAUUGAAAAAUUCGAAAAGGAAGCUCAGGAGAUGGGAAAAGGUUCCUUUAAAUAUGCCUGGGUUUUGGACAAAUUGAAAGCUGAGAGAGAACGUGGUAUCACUAUUGACAUUACGCUUUGGAAAUUCGAAACUUCUAAAUAUUAUGUUACAGUUAUUGAUGCUCCAGGCCACAGAGAUUUUAUCAAAAACAUGAUUACUGGUACAUCUCAGGCUGAUUGUGCUGUUCUGAUUGUUGCUGCUGGUACUGGUGAAUUUGAAGCUGGUAUCUCAAAGAAUGGUCAAACUAGAGAGCAUGCACUUCUAGCUUAUACAUUAGGUGUAAAACAAAUGAUAGUGGGUGUAAAUAAAAUGGAUACUACCGAGCCACCCUUCAGUGAAUCUCGAUUUGAAGAAAUCAAGAAAGAAGUUUCAGCUUACAUUAAGAAGAUUGGUUACAAUCCUGCUACUGUGCCAUUUGUUCCUAUUUCUGGAUGGAAUGGAGAUAACAUGUUGGAGCCUAGCACUAAUAUGCCUUGGUACAAAGGAUGGGCUAUUGAACGAAAGAGUGGCAAGCAUGAAGGAAAAACUCUUCUGCAAGCUUUGGAUGUAAUGGAGCCUCCAUCAAGACCCUUGGACAAACCUCUUCGAUUACCUCUUCAGGAUGUCUACAAAAUUGGAGGUAUUGGAACUGUGCCUGUUGGCCGAGUUGAAACUGGUAUUUUGAAACCUGGUACUGUUGUAACUUUUGCUCCAGCCAACAUCACUACUGAAGUCAAGUCUGUUGAAAUGCAUCACGAGUCUCUUACAGAAGCUGUACCAGGAGAUAAUGUGGGUUUUAACGUAAAGAACGUUUCCGUUAAGGAAUUGCGUCGUGGAUAUGUAUGCGGUGACAGCAAGGAUACUCCCCCCAAGAGCACUGAAGAAUUUACUGCUCAGGUUAUUGUCUUGAACCACCCUGGACAAAUUUCUAAUGGUUAUACUCCCGUUUUGGAUUGCCACACAGCCCACAUUGCCUGCAAGUUCAGGGAAAUCAAGGAAAAGUGCGAUCGUCGUACUGGCAAGAAAAUUGAAGAUAACCCUAAAUUCAUCAAGUCUGGGGAUGCUGCAAUUGUCGAAUUGGUGCCAAGCAAACCCAUGUGUGUGGAAACCUUUACCGAUUUCCCACCUCUGGGUCGUUUUGCUGUCCGUGACAUGAGGCAGACCGUCGCUGUCGGAGUCAUCAAGUCAGUCAAGCCUAAGGAUGUCUCUGGCAAGGUCACCAAAGCUGCUGAGAAGGCCCAGAAGAAGAAAUAACUAUCCGUGGGUGGCAUGUCGGAAUGUAUGCUGCCACACUCACGGUAUGGACUUAAAUGCUCUAAAUAUAACUUUUGUUUAAUUUCACAUGUUUUUUGUAAGAUUCAGUAUAAUCUUAAGCUACCUUUGCUAUUAGUACUGCAUGGAAGCAUUAUCUUGUCACGUGUCAUAUUGUUAUUCCUAAGCCCUUGGUUGCUUUGUCAUAUGUGUCACCGUAAAGAAUUCAGGAGGAAAAAGCCGUAAUACUUUAUAUAAUCUUAAUGUAUUGCUGUUACUACUAUAAUAAAUGUUUAAAGUGUAAUAUAUUAUGUUUUGUCGUUUCUUUUUGUAUGUUUAUUUGUACCACAAAUCGAUCUUCUGGUCAUUUCAAUAUGUGUGGUAAUCCUCAAAAUGAUUAUUUUUGAAGUUGUACCUUAGGUUUAACCAAAUAAAAUAUUUCUUCAGCUGUAGAA